AUGCGUUUCUUCUUCGUUGUUCUCAUAACAGUCGCCUUCAUAAUCACCACGGCAUUAUCAUCCCCGGCCCCGAUCGUCCCCCAGAGCCAGACUACCGCUACGAUACCAGCACCCCCUCACAAACUGGAUCAUCGAGCGGUUCGACAAGGGACGCUUUGCGCCAACGUGCCAAUAAAAGCGCGUCUCACCAUCUUGACUUAUAACGUGAUCGACGAUAUCUGCCUUUGCACACAAAAUGGCCAGCUCACUCAACGGUCCCAGCAGGACCUCAGGACGGCGCUGGAUAGAAUGGGAACUGGCGGACUCAUCGGAUCGCUCCUUAGACUUCUCGGUCAGACUUUGGAUGGGUUAUCGACCCUGUUAUUCGGGAAUGCAAACACCGAGGUAAGUUCGGGCUUCCUUCAAUCCCGUCUGGCGCGUGCUGAUAUCCUUGCGUAUCGAACAGCUUUUGCGAAAGAGAGCCACCUGUGA